AUGGUCACGGCCGUCCCAAUACAGCACUCGCGACCACCGCAACCUCCUCUGCCGUCCACAAAGCUGGCGGCCAACCCCGUCAAGGCGAUGCGCUUCGCUUCCGUCACCCUCCCUGCCGCCGCUGUCGUCCGCCGCACCUCGUCAAAGCGCUCCAUCGACGAUGCAGCCAACGCCUCGCUCGGCAACGACGCCACCUACUCGCCAGCAAAGCGUCGCAGCCCGCCCUCUGACGACGAAUCCGACGACAGCGACAGCCCUACCGCCAGCGACGCUAGCAGCCAAGACGACGACGACGACGGAGACGACGACGAGGGCGGCAAGCAGGCCUCGUCUUCGCCACUGCCAUCCUCUCAGCAGCGCAGGCCCAUCCGCUCCGCAUUGUCCAGCCGCAGCAGAGCGCCCUCGGGCUCCCUCGCCGCAAUGACCGCCCUCUCCCCAGCAGGCGACUACCGGCAGGGAAUGUACCUCUCGUUCGUCAGCAACGCCCUCCAGGAAAAGUCGCAGGGUAAUCUCGGCCCCUACAACGAGCUCGCGGCCCAGUUCAACAUCUCUGCGCCUGCGCUCCGCGCCUCACCGGCUCAGCUCAAGUCGUGGAUGGCGGCGCUUUCGCACGUCGUCUCGGCCCUCGACCGCACCCACUCGCAGCUCGUCGAAAACAUUCUCCAGCUGCCGUGGUAUCUCGUCGAGGAUCACUUUGCCCACCUGUGGAUCAAGUUUGUCUGCAGCCUCGUCAGCGCCCGCGGCGAAUGGCUCAACAGUGUCCUCUCGCAGGCCGUCCAAGGGUUGGAGUACAUGUCCAACGCGAAGGCGCGCAGCCUGCUCGGCCUGCCCGUCACCGAGGUACCCGAGAUCGACCGGCGGCAGCUCUACGAUCGCUUCCACCUGCUCAUCCGCUCGCUCAUGGCGCUGAUCCCUACGCUGCCCUCGUCGCUGCUGCCGCUGCUCGCGCGCCGCUUCCCGCCCAAGGCGGCGCGCCGCUCCGAGCAGCUCGUCUACGUCCGCAACAUGCUCCGCGUCGCCACCUACUGCGCCGAGCUGUCCGAGAGCAUACUCAACACCGUCAUCGACCGCGCCAUCCAGCUCGACGUCGAGAUCCAGGUGGAGCUCGAUGACCUCGAGGAGGAUGUAUUGGGCCAGGACCUCGCCGACCCCUUUGACAAUGCCAUCGACGACGAUGACGGCGACGAGAGCGAUGACGGCAGCGAUGCCGGCGACAACCUCCAGGACCUGAUGGACGACGACGACGAGUCGGCCGACGAGGACGAGCUCGAGGAGCGCGACAUCCUGGAUCCCGAGGACCAGCAGGCGCUCGAGCGGAUCCGCACGCUGGUGGCCACCCUCGACAGCAUCAUGACGGCCGUGCUCGAGCACCUCACCCGCCUCAACCGCGGCUUCCAGGCGGCCAUCGACGGCGGCGGCGCUACGGGCAAGGCGGGUGCCGUGGUCAUGAGCGCGGCCGACGGCGAGGCCAACCGCCGCCACCUCUUCCACACGCUGCUCGGCAUCUUCACGCGGGCGAUGCUGCCCACCUUCAAGUGCCGCCAUGUCCAGUUUCUGCUCUUCUGGUUCAACUCGCUCGACGCCGAGUAUUCCGACCUGUUUCUCGGCGUGCUGCUCAGCAAGAGCCUCUACGGCGGCAUCCACCACCAGCAGCCUUCGUCGGGCGGCGGUGGCAACGAGGUCGAGGAGCCCGACAUCCUCCGUUCGGCUGCGGCCAGCUACGUUGCGAGUUUCGUCAGCCGCGCCUCGUACGUUGACGGCCCCACUAGCCGCAUCGUCGUGCUCAACCUUUGCGCAUUCCUCGACGCCCACCUCGAGGCGAGCCAGCAGCUCGACACCGAGAUUGGCGCCGCGCCGCCGGGCAGUCGAGUCCACUCGGUGUUUUACGCCGUCGCUCAGGCCGUCUUCUACAUCUUCUGCUUCCGCUGGCGCGACCUCAAGCUGACGCCCGGCGAGGGCGAGGGGGAGGGCGAGGAUGACGAGGGCGACGCGGAUGCCGACGAGCUGGCCGGCGGGCUCCACGGUAGCAUCGGCGCGCUAUCGCAGGCGUCGGUGGCGGGGACGUGGUGCGACGGCCUCAGCGUGGUGCAGCGUGCCAUCACGUCGCCCCUCAACCCGCUCAAGUUUUGCUCGGCCAACGUGGUCAAGCAGUUUGCGCGCAUCGCCCAGCACACCGGCUUCCUCUACUGCUACUCGAUCAUCGAGUCCAACAACCGCAUGGGCAGGGUCGCCACCCGCAACAGCCGACAGCCUUCGCGCACGACGUCGCUCAACACCCUCGGCGGCCUCGGCUCGGGCGGCGCCGGUCCAGGAGGCGACUCGAGCCGCGAAGGCAGCGACGUUGGCACCCCGCGCCCCUCGGACGCCGGCUCGCAGCAGCACAAGCAGCUGCCGGAUCCGAUCCAGACGAGCUCCAACCUCGACGUCUUCUUCCCCUUUGACCCUUACAAGCUGCAGACUUCGGCCAGCUUCGUCGACCCGCUCUACCGCGAAUGGGCCGAUGUGGCGCCCGAAGAGGAUGGCGACAGCGACGACGACGACGACGACGACGACGAUGAUGGCGAAGACGACGACAACGAGGGCGAGGGCAACGGCUCGGGGCAGGAGGGUGGCGUCGAUAUCCCUGGCGCCGUCCACGCCUCGCAGCAUCGCGGGCCCGAAGGUGGCGACGACGACGACGAAGGGUCGGCCGCCUCGUUUGUAUCGCAGGUCGAGGCCAUGAGCAUCAGCCCGUACCGCGGCUAA